AUGCCGGCUUCAGAGGAGCCUCCAGAAGCUUUCCUGGUCGACAUCUCGCCGCUCUGGCCAGAUGAUGCCGAGGCUGGAAGAUGCGAGGAGGGCAUUGCGGACGAGGAAAUUCAGUGGAUGCUGUCACGACGCCCGCUGGACCACGGCAAAGUCACCCGGGAAAGGCUGGCCUUGGACUACAACGAGCACGAAGCUCGGGCCAUGCUCGGAGCCUUCGCAGAGAGCAAGGUUUCACACCUGAUCCCGGUGUUGCGAUGGCCCGGUGUGGGAACGCGCUGGCGGGAGUUUAUCAAGUGGGUCACUGGACUCCCCGAGCCGCCUUCGAGCCCCGAGUUGGCUUUCGCCGGCUUUGCGCGUGCCCUCGGGCGUGUGACGACUUAUCGAGCCCUGUCCCUAGAUGCGGUUGGGCUGCGGCGUAUCAUACAGGCCAAAGAGAUCUUCCCAAGAGGCCAGCUUGAGGUGAGUGCCGACGAGCUGAGCCGAGUCAUUGAAGAGCACGGUGUGGUCAAGGUUGUGGUAGCGAGGUUGUACAUCGCGCAUCUGAAGCGCUUAAUCGGUCACGAUCCCUCGGUCUCGCUCCACGAUGACUGGCAGACGACCUCAUGCAUAGCUUCCGGCUACACCGAGAAGGAGAAGUCUGUUUACUUGUUCGAGGUGUCG